AUGUCCUCAGGUUUAAAACUUUUUACCUUGUUCGGUCUUAUGGCUUUGCUCAAUGGCAAAGUUUUGGAUGCCAAUAAUGUAAAAGAUGAGGAGGCUGUUGUUGCCGGUGUCAAAAAUCCACGUUCUCUAGGCUUAUUGAAGAUAAGUGGAGACAAGGAGCAAAGUGGCAGCUCUGUUAAUUUGUUUUUAAACUUCUGUCUGCUAUUUUUAAAGCUUAAUUGGUUCCAAGCCGUACAAAUGUGUGCCCUUAAUGAUAUGUCCCUUACCGCUAUCGAAACGGAGGAUGAGCAGAAUGACCUUAAGAAGUUGCUCGAAGACAAUUCUCUUUUAGAUAUGGAAUACUGGCUAUCCGGUACAAAUUUGGCUGAUCGCAGUCAAUAUAUGUGGAUGAACACUGGAAAAGCUGUCACGUAUGUGAAAUGGGAAGACGGCGAAGCGCCACGUGCUGCAAGCAACCGUUGUAUCCGCACUACCAACAAGUUAGAUUGGACCGCGGAAGAUUGUGGACAAGUGAAAAGUUAUUUCAUCUGUUCAAGACCUUUAGAGCCAGCUUGUGGUGCCCAGGGUAAAUGCGUUUAUACUAUCAGACCAUAUUUUUAAAUGAUUAGUAUGAGUGAUAUAUGUGAAUGUUUAAUUAAAACAUAAAACAAUUGCAAUAAAUAAGAAUAUUGAAUAAA